AUGCCUACAGCGCAACAACUUCAGCAUCGGAAAACUAACGAAAAUAUAGCAGUUAUAUGUUCGGUGGUUGGUCUCCCUAAAAGUCAAGAAAACGAUGUAGACAUAAAAUGGUAUCGUGAAAACGAGCCUGAAGCAAUUGUUCAGUUGCAAAGGAUAGCAGUCAGUCGUGUGAAACAGCUUUCUACUCGAUUGCUUUUUAUUAAACCAAGAGUUGAAGAUAGCGGUACAUACAGAUGUGAGUCAAAGAAGUAUGUUUUAGAAGCAGCGGAAUUUUUGGACAUUGAUUUAGAACAGCAUCCAGAAGACGGUAGCAGAGCUGAAAUUGUGUGUCGAGUUCGAGGUGAUCCGUCGCUCGAAAUCUUUUGGCAGUUUGAAGGAAAAAAUAUUCUAGAAGGCAUUUUAUUCGUCUCAUUUUCAGGUGGUUCACGAAACUAUGAAUUCAGAGAUGAGCACCAAAUUUUAGUGAUUCCAAAGUAUGAUUCUGCUCAUGAUGAUGGCCAAUAUGCCUGCAGUGCAGCGCAGUUUUAUUCUUUUGAAACUGUUGUUAUCAACGUCACUGGAUAUGCUCGUCCGAUGAUAACCAUACUUGAUGGUUCAGAAACAAAUCAAGGAGUCGAAGGUCGUGAUUUCUUCAUUCGCUGUCAAGCUACUGGCAAACCUGAACCUCACUACCAGUGGAUAAAAUAUGUUGACGGUGAUGAGCAAAUUAUCACUUCAUCUGAAAAAUAUGUCAUAGACAACGGUAUUCUCACUAUUCGAGAUUUAAUUCCCGCUGAUCGUGGAACUUACAGCUGUAUUGCGAGGAAUGCUUUGGAUGAAACCAGGCGAGACUUCAAUCUUACAGUUUUCAGAAAACCAAAGUUAAAGUUAUUGAAGAACCUUACGCAUACACGUGGUGAUACCGUAGAUUUAGUGUGUGAAUUCAGUGGUGAUGGAAAUAUGAAAGCUCAAUGGUUACAUCUUGGAGAGCAGUGGUCAACAAAACGAGCAAAUGGAUCUAUUUCAUCUCACAGAUCUAAUAGUCUUGCUGAUAACGGUUUCGAUGAGAAAAGCCUUAUAAAUAGCGAGAGUGAUCAUGUUAUCGUCCGUGAAGGUGUUGGAGUUGUUAUGUUAACGUUAUCAAAAAUAGAUGAAGAUGAUGCUGGACAGUAUCAGUGUGUGGUUGAAAAUGAGGCUGGUAUGGACCAAAGUUCAAUAUUUCUGUCUAUUAUUCAUGCCGCUCGAGUUGUUGAUCAUGGUGGGACGAAAAGAGUCGUACGAGGCAAUAUGGUGGAGAUUCACUGCGGUGCGAGUGCUGUGCCCGAACCGACUUGGACAUGGACUGGUCCAAAUGGUGUCAUUUAUGCUGAUGGUUCAAAGUAUAUCCUCAAUUCUACGGCGCUCACUUCUACUCUUUUUGUACGAGAUAUCGAAAAAAAGGACUUUGGUAAGUACACGUGCAGUGUGGAUAAUGGUAUUGGUCUACCAGAUCAUGCUGAUUUACAAAUAAUUGAAAUUGAACCGCCAACAGUGCCAGAUGAUCUAAACUGUCAUGAGCAGAACUACCCAAACUUCGGUAUAUGUACAAUUGGAAAUUUGAUGAAUUCACCACCUGAAAAGCUGCCAACAAAUGUAACACUAUAUGUCAUGGCGGAGGAUAAGGCAUUUCCUGAUAAAUGGCAAACAGAUAGUGUGAAUUUAACCUUUGAAUUUGCUGAGGAUCAUCGGUUCAAGCUUUAUCAUUUGGAACCAAGGACUCGCUAUAAAAUUCAAGCACAGACUUCCAACGAAGCUGGAGUUUCAGGACUGAGCAUUCCUGACAUUAUUGAAACAACAGAUCCGUGGGCUGAAUUUAUAGCUCCGGAUGCGCCAAAUGAUGUACGAUAUGAUUGUCUAGGGAUUUGCAAAAUAUUUUGGAGUGAGCCAAAUGAUUGGGGUUCACCCAUUAUUGCUUAUAAAUUGAUCCUGAAGGAAAUUGCUCACACUGAACCAAGACAGUAUGGUUCCGAAAGCUAUGAACUUGAUUUGGGCGUUGAUCAUCUCACAGCAAAUCUACCAUUCCUGAAACCUCUUACAACCUAUGAGAUAAAACUCAUCGCUGUGAAUGAUAUUGGCAACAGCAAUGCUUACAUCUCAUCGCUUACUACAUCUGAAUAUACUGUGGGUGGUGAACACAAAGGUAGUAGUUUCGAUUGGCUUAGGUUAUUAUUCGCAAUAUUUCUUCUUUUGACAAUGAUUAUUGUGAUUAUCGACAUUAUAUGUUGUGUCAGACACCGGCGUGGAUUGCUAGCAACAUUCGCUUCAAAAUUUAUUGGAUCUCCUGACGACCGUAAUGAGAAAUCAAAAAAUGCGUUGCAGAAUACCAAGACGGAAACUAACCGCUUAUUAACUGAGAAACAGAACGAGCCAAAGACUGUUGUGAGGUAGGU